AUGACUCAGUUACAAAGACUUGACCUUUCUUUCACUUAUCUAACUGAAGAGAUUCCAAAAGAGUUGUGUAGGUUGACAUCGUUGAUGGAUCUGUCACUACAAGGUAACCAACUAUCAGGCAAUAUCCCUCUAACAACUAGAAUGCUACAUGACCUUCAAACGUUGAAUCUAACAGCAAACAACUUAAGUGGAUCACUUUGGACGGAGAUUGGAAACUGUUUAAAACUUCAAUUCUUGAAUUUGAGCUCGAACAGGUUUCAUGGAACCAUUCCUUUAGAAAUUGGUGAUUUACAUUCUCUAGAAAAUAUUGAUCUUAGUCAAAAUUUUUUGAUGGAAGAGAUACUGCCACAGCUUGGGAACUUGUUGAUCUUGGAAACCAUAAAUCUUUCACACAACAUGCUCUUUGGUUCCAUUCGAUCAACUUUUGAAAAUGGUUUGUCAGGCUUGACAAUUGUAAAUGUGUCCUUCAAUCAAUUAGAAGGUCUUAUUCCAAACACCAAAGCUUUUUGUGCGGCUUCAUGUUAUGCAUUUCAAAGUAAUAAAACGCUGUGCGGCAACACUACAUGUUUAAAGGCUUGUGUUUCUAUUUCAAGCAGAAAAGGCCUCAUUUGGAUCGUAAUACCCCUUUUAGGUAACCUACUUUUGUUGCUUAUCUUGAUCAUAGGUCUUUUCACUCUAUGCCAGAGAUGUAAACAUAAAAAUAAGACAUUAGAAGAGAAGAACUGUGAGCAAAUUUUGGGUAUAUCGGGCGAUUUUGGAAAAGGAUUCUAUCAAGAUAUCAUCAAGGCAACAGAUGAAUUUAAUUCCAAUUAUUGCAUUGGGACAGGAGGACACGGACAUGUUUACAAAGUUGUGCCGUCGUCAGGUCAAGUGGUUGCUGUGAAAAAGUUUCAUCUUUCAAAAGAUGGCGAGCUGACCAAUGUGAAUGCUUUUGAAAGAGAGGUUGUUGCCCUGACAAAUAUACGACAUUGCAAUAUUGUGAAGCUAUAUGGUUUUUGUCCCCAUGCAAAAUACUAUUUUUUGGUUUAUGAUUUAAUUGAAAAAGGAAGCUCGAGAGUGAUACUAAACAAUUAG